UAACAAAGCCAGAUAAAUUUUAACAAAUUCUACCCAACGUGAGAAUCCGGAAGUAAACAAAUGCGGAUUGGUUCUGUUCUUAUCGUGUGACGUUGCAAACAAAAUGUCAAAUUUUCAAUAUUUUGGAGGAUUGGAAGGUGGUGCUACUCAUUCAAAGUUUGUGUUGUUACGGUCAGAUGGACAGGUUAUAGCAAAAAGUGAAGGCGAGGGGACCAACCAAUGGCUUAUAGGGCUGGAUGAAUGCUGUAAACGUAUACAUGGUAUGUUAGUGACAGCUAAACAAACAGCUAAACUGGAUGCUGGGACCAAGCUGAAGGGAGUGGGUUUAUCAAUGAGUGGUGCUGAUGAGAAGGAAUCCCAGGAACAACUUAUCAAGCAUAUCAAAGAGCAGUAUAAGGAUGAUUAUGAAGAAGUAUUUGUAGCCAGUGAUACAUGGGGGGCACUCUUUACAGCAACACCAGAUGGGGGUAUUGUGUUGAUUGCUGGGACAGGGUCCAACUGUCAGCUGAUCAAUCCAGAUAACACAACUCGACGUUGUGGUGGUUGGGGUCACCUGAUCGGGGAUGAGGGAUCAGCAUACUGGAUCGCUCAGCUUGCACUCAAACGCCUGUUUGACCAUGAUGAUAAUUUGAUAGUUUCCAAGUCUAGUGUGGAAUGUGUUAGGAAAAUUAUGCAUCAGUAUUUCAAGAUCACACAGAAUAGUGGUAUGCUUCAACAUUUGUACUCCAGCUUUGAGAAGUCCUACAUUGCUGGUAUGUGUAAGGAACUUGCUAAAGGGGCCGAGGAAGGGGAUGCCAUGUGUAAAGAGGUAUUUGCUGAAGCAGGGAAAGUACUUGCUAAACAUAUCAUAGCUGUAGAACCUAGUAUAAAUGAGAGUCUGUUGAAAGGUAAAGGUGGACUUCAUGUGGUUACAGUGGGAUCUGUCUGGAAAAGUUGGACAUUCUUGAAACCAGGUUUCACUGAAGUAAUGAAAGCAGAUCGCCAAAAUAAAAGAAUCAGUGAGUUGACACUGGUAUCAUUGAAUCAGCCGGCAAGUGUCGGGGCCGCCAGUCUCGGGGCUCGAGCUGCGAAGACAACUCUUCCAAUGAACUACGAUGCCAAUGCUGAAGUUUUUUUCCAUGAGAAGUUUUGAUAAAUAUACUACUUAGCCUAUUGAUAUAAUUAUACCAUCAUGACAUCAUACUUUUGGCAACUGAGAUGACAUCAUGCUUUGUUGAACAAAGAGAGUGCUUUAUGCAAAGUAUUGAACUCUUAUUUAGAAUAAAAAUCCAAAACAUUAAAAGAUAUUAUUGUGCCAUAUUACUAGAUGCUAACUUUUUAAGGGACUCCCCUGAGGAUUUUAAACAUGACAGGAGUGGAUUUUUUCUUUCUCUCAAAUAUGUACAAUUUGAAUUAGGUCUUCACCAAUAACUUAUGUGCAAAAUCUUAGAUCAGUAACUUACUUCUUUUUUCCAAAAUAAUUAUUAUAUUGUGAAAAAUGACCCAAAAGUGAAUAGUGUUUUGAACACUUUUAAUUUAAAUUGUGUUAUAGGUCCCUCUAAAAUAUGACUUUCGAUUGAUUAUCGAUAUCUUUCUUAUUAUAUUUUACAUUUAUUUGUGUUUCAAUUACCCCAGUUGAUCAAGAAAUGCAAGAAAUUCAAUAUUUAUGUUUUUAGACUUUUUGGACAUCAAAAUAUAAUUUAAGAAAAAAAAAAAAAAAAACAAAAAAAAAAACAUAAA